AAACUUCCGGUCUGAGGAAUGAAUUUGUGGAAGCCACGUCAAUUUGAAGAAACCUGAAUUAUUUCAUAAUAUCUGAAGUUAAUAACCAUUCAUUUACUGCAAGAGACCUCACUCUGACUACUGUCAAAAUGGCAUCAAAUGAUAUUGGAGAUUGGUUCCGAAGUAUACCACCAAUUACCAAAUAUUGGUUUACCGGUUCCAUUGUUUUGCCACUUGCUGGCAGAAUCGGCUUGUUUUCUCCUAUGUGGAUGAUUUUACAUUUCCAAUCUUUCAUAUAUAAAUUUCAGUUUUGGAGGCCAUUGACAGCUGUACUGUAUUACCCUAUUGCUGGACCUAAAGGGUUUCAUUACUUGAUAAAUUUAUAUUUUCUAUAUUCUUAUUCAACAAGAUUAGAAACUGGUAUAUUUGAUGGUAGACCUGCUGAUUAUAUAUUUAUGUUAUUUUUUAACUGGAUUUGUCUUGUUAUUCUUGGUUUUGCUACAGAUUUAAUGUUAUUAAUGGAUCCUAUGAUAUUAAGUGUAUUGUAUGUAUGGUGUCAACUAAAUAAAGAUCAAAUAGUAUCAUUCUGGUUUGGAACAAGAUUUAAGGCUAUGUAUUUACCAUGGGUUUUACUAGCUUUUAAUAUGGUUAUUGGACAAGGAGGUUUGCAGGAAUUAUUAGGAAUUGUUGUUGGACAUCUCUAUUUCUUCCUAAUGUUUAAAUAUCCACAAGAUUUUGGUGGCAACAGAAUGAUCAAUGUACCGUCUUUUCUAUAUAAAUACUUUCCUAACAGAAGAGGUGGAAUGGGAGGUUUUGGUCAGGCUCCUUCCAGUAGAAGAAAUCAAGAUAAUAAUAGGGGAGGAGGAGGUAGACAUGAUUGGGGACAAGGAAAUCAAUUAGGAAAUCAGUAAAAUGUCUUUGUGUGUGCCAGUGACUUAUACUAACUGUGGAUGCUUUAAACUGUUUUAGUGUUCAUUUCAUAUUAUAAACCAGGGAUAUGGUGUUUUUUUUUUACCCACAAUGCUACACAAAAAGCGUAUACCUUCAUUUUACAAAUUCUAAAUAUUUAAUGUGUGAGAUUAAAAUAGAAUCUUCUCAUGUGUUUUAUCAUAUCAGAACUCGGAAUUUGGCCAGUUCACCUCAGUAAUUUGAUAAGUAAAUGAAGGUAUAUACUAUGUGGUGGGUAUUGUUAUAAUGUAGUGAGAGUAUGAAAGAGAAACGUUAGUGUAAAUAAUAUUUGUUGUGUGAAUGUGUUAAAUCCUUAAAAUUGUUAUAUAUUGAUUGAGAGAGACGUUUCUGUAGAUGUGGAUUUCCAAUCAUGUAUUUUAAUUUUUUUAGAGGUAAUCUUGACUUUAUUAUUAUACAGAAAAUCAUUUUGCUCAAAUGAAGCUUUAUCUGCUAGUAAAUCAAAUACUAAGAUGACAAUAUUAUUUUUAAAUCUAUUAAUUAUUCCAAGAAAUCCAUCAACCAUACAAAUUACUGCUUAAAAUCAUACAAUGUUUGUUUUGUCUCUUUGUUUUUUGUACAUUCUAUAAUAUGUAAAUAUAAAAAAAAAUGAAAAUAAAAAAGCCUAAACAUAUU